GAUUCUCACGCUCCCUGUUGAUGGAAGGACAUAAUAUUGUGGAAUUGGUGGACGAGUAGGUACAGUAGUACUUAUAGCUAGCUAGCGUCUCAGAAGAGAAGGAUCGAUACAGAUUACAGCUAGCUACUGACAGAAGAGAAAAGAUGGCGUCGGCGUCGGCGCACGUGGUGGUGAUAGCCUUCCCCUUCUCCUCCCACACGGUGAUGUUCUUGCGUUUGGCGCGCGCCCUAGCAGCCGCAGCGCCGGCAGCAACGUUCUCGUUCGUGUCAACCGCCAGCUCGCUCGCGCGGCUACGUACUGCCGGCGCGCUCCAGGGGAACUUACGCUUCGUGGAGGUCCGAGAGGGUGGAGCCACCGGCGAGAUGGCUGCUGUUCAGCUCCUUUCCCGCGUGCUUCUCUUCAUGGCUUCCGCUGAGGCCGGAGGGCUCAGUGAUGCGCUGGAGGCGGCUCGAGUCUCCGCGGGGGGCGCCAGGGUGAGCUGCGUGGUAGCGGACGCGUUCAUGUGGAUGUCCGCGGACGCGGCCGCAGCAGUGGCGGCGCCGUGGGUGCCGGUCUGGACGGGCGGACCGAGCGCGCUCCUGGCGCACCUCCGUGCUGACGCGCUGCGACGCGACUUCGGUGAACAAGCAGACGCGAGCCGAGCAGACGAGCUGCUAACCUCGCACCUCGGCCUCGGUAGCUACCGCGUCCGGGACCUCCCCGACGGCAUCGUCUCCGGCGACCCGAACUACCCGUUCCUCCAACUGCUCCGUCGCAUCGAGCAGCAACUUCAUCGCGCCUCCACCACAGUCGCCUUGAACACCUUCCCGGGUCUCGUCCCACAGGAGGUGAUGGCCGGUCUCGCGGCCGAGCUCCCGAACUGCGUCCCCUUUGGCCCGUUCCACCUCCUCCCCGGCACGGAGGACAGCGCUGCCGCUGCCACGGACCCCAACGGAUGCCUCGCCUGGCUCGACGGCCACCCGGCCCGCACCGUCGCGUACGUCAGCUUCGGGACGGUCGUCCUGGCAGGACCGGAGGAGCUGCGCGAGCUCGCGGCUGGGUUGGAGGCCGCCGGCGCGCCGUUCCUGUGGUCGCUGCGGGAGGAGUCCUGGCCGCAUCUCCCGCCGGGGUUCAUGGAGCACGGGGCCGGCCUCGUGGUGCCGUGGGUGCCUCAGGUGCAGGUGCUCGGGCACGCGUCGGUGGGUGCGUUCGUCACGCACGCCGGGUGGGCGUCAGUGCUAGAGGGCGUUUGCGCCGGCGUGCCCAUGGCGUGCCGUCCCGUCCUGAGCGACCAGAGGACGAACGCGCGGUCGGUGCACCUGUGGGGGUUCGGCACGACGAUCGACGAGCCGGUCACCCGCGCCGGUGUGGAGGCAGUGGUCUCCUCACUCCUGAACGCCGACGAAGGAGCGACGAUGUGGGCGAGGAUGCAAGAGCUGCGAGGAAAGGUGGCCAGCGCGUUCGCGCCUGGAGGCAGCAGCAGGAACAACUUUGACAAGUUUGUCAAGAUGGUCUGUGCACUGUCACCGUGACCUCCGAGUUUCAACUUUCAACUCAUUUCAUUAUAUGCGCUUUAGUUAUCGGAAAGUUGUUAUCCUACACUACCUACGUUCUAAUAAAUAAGCUUUUUAUUAA